AUGAAAUUUCUCCUAUUGUUCUUUUUAUUAAUUAUUGUUGAAACAAUUGCAGGUAUCAUCUAAAACCAAAAAACCAAACUCUCAAUCAAUCAGAAAAUUUUGAAUUUCAGCAAAUAACAAUUGCAACAAUAGGGAUGUUCUCGAAUAUUCCGAUUUAUCAGAUGAUAAAUGUGAUUUUCGAGCCGAGACUCCUUUAGAAGCCAAGUUUUAUCGAAAAUUUUGUGGGAGAAAAGGAUAUUAUGGAUAUUUGGGGAAGAAAGAUAUUUUUGGAAAACCGAUUGAAAGAAUUGCACAAAGAUGUUUUACGACUGAGUAAGUUUAGGGCUGAAAAUCUAGGAAAAACAUUAUUAGAAGAACUUUCAUACAAAAUUCUUUGGAUUUCAAAAUCAAAUCCAUAGUUCCUUAUUUCUACAGUACCCCAACUCACUCAGAGUUUCAGCGUUCAUUUUUCAUUUUUAGACAAUCGAGAAAUGAUGAAAUUUUUGAACAAAAAAGAUUUUCCUUAAAAAUUAGUUCACGUUUUCUACUUAAUUGUUUCUACAAACUGUCAGAAUUUUUUGAAUUCCAAAAAUAUAUUUGUUUUCAGAGAUUGUGAAGAUGGAACUGAACCAAUGGUUUGUGUUAAUGUUGAAUGUGAUACUCGAAUGUGUUUUCCGGAUCCAUUUGUAAGUUUUUUGAUCAAACUACAAAAAAUAAACUAUUCUUGGAAUAGAGAGUUGAAAUAACUCCUUGAAAAAUUAUUGCUUGAAAAAAAAAGUUAUAACGUGACCUCCCAUUUUUGUAAAACCCAGACGGUUAAACUCAUAACAAAUUUCAUCCUAAAAUCUCCUAAUAUUAUUUUCAGAUAGCUCAAAAAACAAGUCACAGUGAAAUCAUUUGCACAAUUUGGAAAUACACAAUAUUUGUUGGCUCCGCAUUUUUCGUUCUUAUGCUUGCCUCCGCAAUCGCUUAUAGUUUCACAAUGAAAGAAGAAAAUAAAGAGGAAAAUGAAGAUGAGGUAAAUAUGGAUGAUGUGGCACCCAACAAUGAAAGUGAUGAUAUGAAUUAUGGAUCAAGUGAUGAAAAUAAUAAGGAUAAAUGA